CCGCAAAAAGCAGAGGAAGCGACCGGAAGUUAGGUGUGAAGACAGGAACAACAAAGAGGAGAAAGCGGAGCGGCUUUAAACCUCUUCAGGAGACACACCUCAACACAAAACCAAGGAAAGUAGCCGUCAACCUCAGGCAAUAGAAUCUGGUGUGCAUGUGAGGACAAGCGUCAGCCGAGCCGAACAUGGCGAACAAUGCCGAGGAUAUCGAGAACAACAUGGACCAGCAGGAGACAGACGUGGCCUCUGAGCCCCCCCCUCAGGAGGCAACGGGGGUCCGGGCCCGGUCCAGAGGAGCUGAUGGAGGAGUUGGGGGUCCCGGAGGUAACGGCAGUGGUCCAGAGCAGAACGGGCAGCCCCCCCCUCGACCCCCCCGGGUGGUGGUGGAGGCGGAGGAGGACGACGAUGAAGAGCUGACCCUGAAGUAUGGAGCCAAACACGUCAUCAUGCUGUUCGUGCCCGUGACGCUCUGCAUGGUGGUCGUCGUGGCAACCAUCAAGUCGGUCAGCUUCUACACGCAGAACGAUGGCCAGAGACUGAUCUACACUCCCUUCCCGGAGGACGCGGUGACGUUGGGACAGCGAGCGCUGAACUCCGUCAUGAACGCCGCCAUCAUGAUCACCGUCAUCAUCGUCAUGACGCUGGUGCUGGUACUGCUCUACAAGUACCGCUGCUAUAAGGUGAUCCAAGGCUGGCUCUUCCUCUCCUCCCUCCUCCUGCUCUUCUUCUUCUCCUACAUCUACCUCAAGGAGGUUUUCAAGACCUACAACGUGGCCAUCGACUACUUCACGCUGGCGAUAAUAGUGUGGAACUUCGGGGUGGUGGGCAUGAUGUGUAUUCACUGGAAGGGUCCUCUGCGGCUCCAGCAGGCCUACCUCAUCAUGAUCAGCGCCCUCAUGGCCCUCGUCUUCAUCAA